GGACGGCUCUGGCGGAACGACUAAACGAGCGCUCCCACAGGACGACGGCGCUUCACUUCCUGACUUGUCUGAUGUCGUCAUCGUUUACCCGCGUCAGUCGAACAGCCCGCUGUGUUUGGCGGGAUUGGGUCGAGAAGAAGCAACCCCAUCGAUUAUCCGCUGCAACCACAGACGUCACUUCAUAAACCGAUACACCAGCACCCAGGAACCAUGCAGUUUCCUAGCAGAAGAAGGAAGUUCAUCACCGACUCUCAGGCGGAGCUCUAUGGACAACCUCUGCAGUUCUACGGGGACCCUCCUCUGGAAAACGUCUCUCUCAGUGAAUUUGAAUCAUUUGCCGUGGAUCGACUGAAAUUGUUGAAGACCGUUGAGAAUUUGGGCGUGAGCUACGUGAAGCUGUCAGAUCCGUAUUCAAAUAAACUGAAUUCUGAGUUGAAAGCCCUGAACUUUGUUCUCAGACCAGACAAAGAUGACAGAAAACCUCAGAGCGGACCAAGUGAAUAUGAGAAACGAAGAAAGGAUCAUAUCUCCCACUUUAUUCUCAGACUUGCCUACUGCCAAACGGAGGAUCUGAGACGGUGGUUUAUACAACAGGAAGUUGAUCUUUUUCGCUGCCGCUUCAAUAGCAUGUCUGCAAGCCAAAAGCUUGAAUUUCUUCACAGAAAUAAUCUAAAAUAUGACACUAUUGGUCCCGGGGAGAAGAUCACUCUGCAGGAUAAACUUGUCAGCUCCAGUUACGCCGUCAGUGGGGUCACUGUGGAGAAUCAGGACUUCUACAAAGUCCCCUUUCAAGAUGCCCUGGAUCUAGUGCGAACAAGGAAAGUGUACCUGGCAGGGGGCUACGUGUACAUCCCUCACCAGGACAUUGUCACCAUUGUACUCAACGAUUUCCGCACAAGGCUAUCUAAAGCUCUUGCAUUGACAGCCCGCUCGCUACCAGCAGUGCAUUCUGAUGAACGGCUACAACCGCUACUUAACCACCUCAGUCAUGCCUAUGUGGGACAGGAUUACAGCAUCCAGAAGAAUGUUGGGAAAAUCUCCUUGGAACAAAUUGAUUCACUUUCAGGAAAGUCCUUCCCGCUCUGUAUGAGGCAGCUCCACCAGACCCUCAGAGAGAACCACCACCUUCGCCACGGUGGUCGCAUGCAGUACGGCCUCUUCCUCAAAGGUAUCGGCCUCUCCCUGGAGCAAGCACUGCAGUUCUGGAGGUCAGAGUUCACAAGAGGCAAAGUGGAUGCGGACAAGUUUGACAAAGCAUAUGCCUACAGCGUCCGCCACAUGUUUGGCAAAGAAGGCAAGCGAACAGACUACACCCCCUACAGUUGCAUGAAGGUGAUUUUAUCAAACCCACCCAGCCAAGGCGACCAUCAUGGUUGUCCUUUCCGUCACAGUGACCCAGAACUGCUGAAGCAGAAGCUUCAGUUCUACAAAGUGUCUCCCAGUGGGAUCACUCAGAUCCUGGAGCUGGUUAAGGGGAUGCACUUUCAGCUGGCGUGCCAGAAAUACUUUGAGCUGACACACAAUCUGGUUGAGGACGCCAAUUUCUCGCUCAAUCACCCCAACCAGUACUUUAUAGAGAGUCAGAAAGUUUUGGGAGGAGGAAGCAAGGACAUAAAGCGAGAGAUGGACACUACACAUAAGUCGCAGGAAAAUUCGGCCAACAGAGGAUCCAGUGCAACUCGAGAGGCAGCAGCAAACGCCCCCGAGGGUUUGGCUGAGAUGACGGAGGAACUCGACUCCUUCUUUCAAGAUGCCUGAUUUCUUUCUUUUUUUCUGGUUUUUUUUUUCUAUGAGGACUGGAGGUUAGGGAUGGUACAUAAUCUAACUUUAGCUGAAUCAGUAGAAGCCGCUGUACAUGACAUGUAAAGAAUUAAAGUUUCAUAUCACUCAUUGUCAUUUCUCCAUAAUUUGUCUUUUCUCAACAUAGAAGACUUUGAGUUUACUUUGACUGGACUUAAUGGGAGUUUUCUCCGUUAAAAUUAUUGGUUACGUCGGUGACAGAGCGUCAUUCAUUUUUCUAAUUAAGAAGAAUGUUAAAAGUUGUCCCUGUUUUAUCUUCUUUCUUUUCCCUCACAUGGCUUGUAUCCAGUCUCAGUGCACAGUGUUUUUGGCAGGGAUGUGGUUGUUGGUGGGUUGUGAUGACUAGAUCAUUACCCAGCUGUCUCAGAGACAAUGUCAUUGUGUUUGCUGGCAGGAGUAUGGAUGAAAAUAAACUAUUUCCACAGUUGUAUUAUGCUGCCUUGGAAUAUUGCCUCAUAGUGCGCAAUGCCAUUUAUUCAAAGCAUACAUGGUCAGGAGGUAUUUCCUCCUUCUCUCAAACUUCUGUCUGCAAUCAUUUCUGAAAAAUGUUGGCUGUCACAGGCUGCUCCUCUAAUCUUUGCUCUUGAGGAGGUACAGUUGUGCACUCUUAUCUC